CUAUCGCAUUGAGAUUCUUAUUCUUUGAUACAGUAGCCAACGAUACCUCAACUGCUAGCUAGCUAGCUAGAGAUGUUUGCUGCAUUGGAAAAACCAGUGGCCUAUGGUGCAUUUCUCUAUGCCUCGACGACCCUGAUGUGGAAGGCAGUGGGAGUCGAUUGGAUUCCCGUCUUGGGUGCCAGCAUGAAGGCCAUUUUUACCUCGCCUGACAAUGAAGAGCAGCUGCCUCAGUAUCCUCGUCGCAAUGACAAGGACGACGAAUCCUUGUGGCAUGUCAUUUAUCUACUCAUGUACGGCGUCUUGGGGACAUUGGCUCAGUAUGGUGGUCUCAAGAUUUCGUCCCGCAAAAUAGCGUCACGACAAACGUUGGUAUUUUGGUGUCGCGUCUACGCCUUGUUCCAUAUCGUCAUUGGUACGCAUCACUUGCUAUGGAGUUUAAAACUACAACGAUAUGGAAAAUUGGAACUGUGGCGGUACCAAUUACCGGCUGUCUACGAAUUGACCGGAGUGGCAGCGCUGGGAUUGAUCUAUCAGGCCGUCGCCAUUGGACGAGUCACCAGUCGGAAUGCCGAUAUCAAGGAUAUCUGUCAUCGCAAGGCUGUCAUGGAUACCGUCACUUGUUGUACCUUUCUCAGUUUUGUCGCUUUUUUGAUCGCCAACAUGGCUGGAAUACAAACAUCCUUUGAAACCGAACGCAUCUGGUGGGCUCUUACCAUGUAUCCCGUGCCCGUCGUACUCCUUCUGGGGUUUGUUUGGGACUAGCUACAUACAUGUAUGUAUGCAUAGUGCAUCGAUCGCACAAAAGAUAUCGGUAAAGACUACUAUAAAUGGACGACACAAAAACACGUCUGUUGACACCCAUCCCAAACAUAUCAAGCAACUACGCGUACAGGUUCCAGGAUGGACGCA